AUGAUAGGAUGCUUAUUUUUAUUUUUGACUAUUGUCACAAGUCAAACUUUAGUCGAAAACUUAUAUAAAAAAAUUGAAAGAACUAAAGGACAAAUUACGAUUGAGGCGGGCGCAGCUGUAGUCCACUUAAGUGAUGAUGAACUUGAAUUUUUGCUUUAUAACUCAGACUCAGAUUGGUUUAUCAUGUUUUAUGACUCACUAGAGACCGAUUCGUUUACAGUGAAUAAUACAUGGAAUAUGGCAGCAAGGUACAUAAAGCAUGAAGGCUAUAAUGUGACAUUAGGAAAAAUUGAUAUCCGCGAUCAAAGAAAAAAUUUUAUACGUUUAAGGCUUUCUAAAUAUCCUUGCGCAAUCUAUCUUGCUGAAGAGCAUUACUAUCAAUUAGAACUUGAGUUUCAGAUGGAUGAAAUUUUAUCUGUAAUCAGAAAUAAAACAUAUUUAGCAUAUCCUAAAAAAGAAUUGCCACUGUCUACUCGUGGCAUUUUUGGAUUGUUGUCUUAUUUUCGUGUUGGAUACUUUAUCGCUGGAUUUAUUUUUAUAGUGGCUUUGACAUUAGGAAUUUCAAAGCUUAUUAGGAUGAAAAAGAAAUAUAAGGCAACGAUUAUCAAGAAAAAUAAUUAA